UUGAUCAUUUUUCACCUUAAUUUUGGUUGUAUUUGGGUCUGCUCUUUGAUAAGAUUUGGUUUUGAAUCAUUAAAAUCCUCUGGCCGAGCAGCUGAGCCCUUUGGAGGCCAGAGCAGGGAGGAAACGACAAUUUGGCCUCAUUCCUUUGCCUUUAUCCAUGACCAGACAGGUCGGCACUGAGAGGGACGAGGAGCAAUCCCCCCAAAUUACAAUUUCUCAUUAACUCAAAGCAGCUGGAUCUGGGCUUGGCGGCUCCAUAGCCCCCAAAUUGCCUUAAUUAGAAAACAACCAAAAAUCAAAACCGAAAGGCCGGAAGAGGCCAUGGUGGGGGCUGGUUUGGGGGGUGCGGAGCCCCGGGUGGGUCUGCAGGGAUGGGGACCCCAUUUCCCCCUGUGCUGGGGAGGAAGAUCCAUCCCAAAGGAGGCAUUUCCCCCUCCUGCCCCUCCGAGGGAGCCAGCGGUGCCCACCUGCAGAAACCCCGAAUCUCUGCAGCUGGCACUGGGCCGGCAUCAGGGCAAACCCAGCAUUUUUAGUUUGUCCCCUCAGCAGAUGGGGGACCCCAAGGGACCCCUCCCCAUCCGCUAAUUCCCCGCUCACUUCUCCUUUCCCUGGCUCAGCCCAUGCGGGUCCCAAGAGCACCCGGAGUCAUUUGGAGCUGCCGAAGCUCUGUGUGGCCCCACGUAGGGACAAACAACGCCCCGGGAUACAGAGGUGGCCCCCAAAAUGUGUGGCAGGGAUUUUCCUCCUUGAUCCCUUUCCAUCAUCCACCCCAGCCAUGCGAAGGGAAGGGGGAACCCCCAGAUUUCUUGCUCUGGUCCCAGAGGAGGGUGAGGGAGUUCUUCAGCAAAAGAAGCAGAGUGGUGAGAAGGGCUGCAAAGGCUUCCCGGCGAUUCCCGCAGCCUGCAGGGUGCCCCCGAAAGCCCCGGAGGACUUGGGGUGCCCACUGGCGGCACCCCUGGGCAGCCUCCGGGACCACGGGAUCCCCGAGCUCCCCGAGCCCCUGGGCAAGAGCAAGAAGCGGAGGAACAGGACCACCUUCAGCACGUUCCAGCUGGAGGAGCUGGAGAAGGUUUUCCAGAAGACGCAUUAUCCCGAUGUGUACGCCCGGGAGCAGCUGGCGCUGCGCACGGAGCUGACCGAAGCCAGGGUGCAGGUUUGGUUCCAGAACCGCCGGGCCAAGUGGAGGAAACGGGAACGCUACGGGAAAAUCCAGGAGGUGAGAGACGGCUGCAGCCCCUCUCUGCCAGGGGAGGGGUCCUGUCCCACCGCACCUGCGGUGCCCCCCAUCACCCAUUCCUGCCCCUAGGGAUAGGCAGGAGGGAGGGUCACAUUUUGCCACACGCAGGAAGAAUCUGCUUUGUGUCCCUCUCCACUUCCCAAGGGAACACGCCCUCGGGGAAGGUUUUGGGGUGUUCCUCCUGAAGGCCCCCUUUAGCUCUCUCUCUCAUCCAGCUGCGCUUCUUCUCCCCCCCAAUACUGAAAAGCAUAAAAAUAAUUUAAAACUCAGCUUCAGGCCCAUCCCUGAAGCCAAACUCUCCCGGGGGGGAUAUUUCAACCAGGAAUCCACCCCUCCCAAAGGCAGAAAACGGAGCAAAGGCAUCGCUCCCUUUGCAGCCUGUGGGUGGAGGAGAUCGGAAGGGAGGAUGAGGAGGAGCUGAGGAAGGACGAGCGGGAUCCAGCAGGGCUGAGAGGGAUCAUAGGUGGGAUAAGAGGAAUCCUGAAGUGGGGGAGCAGGAUCUAAGGCAGAAGGGGAGGAAACUAAGCGGGGCGUGAUGUCCUCACCCUCACUUUGUGGUUUUUUUAUGGUUUUUGUUAUUUCAGCUGCAGAACAACCUGUGGCCGAGCCCUGGGAGCCCCCCGGGGCUGCUGCCCCCCGAGACCAUCCCGUCACCCUGCAUGUCCCCGUACCCCCCCGCUCCCAGCAA